CUUUUAGUUGAAGUUGAGAAGUUAUUCAAGCAACAGAAUUAUACUUUUCGGAAAACCAUUAAUUGAGUUUUAUCAGUUUACAUUAAUACAUUUAUUUUUUACAUCAACCAACUGUUGUGUAAAUAUGGGAUGGCGUAAAAUUAUACGAACAAUAGAGGAAAGAAGAAGACAUUAAACGAAUACGAUGUGAAAAAAAGAAAAGAAUUAAAUGAUGCUGCUCGUACGAAUAAUCCCGAUAAUCAUUUUUUCGGGGGUUUCUUUCUCUUUACCACAGAAUGACAACUUAGAUGAUUUAUUAAUAAAUGUGUUUGGAUCAAACCCAAAUAUGCAACAACAAAAUAACACUAUUGCGAAAUCAUCUUCACAAGACACUGGACUAAAUGCUUUGAUAGAUGAAGUAUUUAAACUCGAAAAAACCGAUAAUGGUAAAACUAUGAGUAAAGGAGGUGAUCAAAUUUCAACAAACGAUGAUUGUGAAUGUGUUCCGUAUUACCAAUGUCAAAACGACACUAUUGUUAGUGAUGGAGCUGGAUUAAUUGAUAUCAGAAUACGUGGAGUAUGUGAAAAUUACCUCGACAUUUGUUGCAAACGUCCGCAUAUAUUGGAUUCAGAGAAUCGAGUUACUCCAAAACCAAUAAUUCGGCGUGGAUGUGGACAACGUCGCCCUGAUGGAGUUGGUUUCCGAAUUACUGGACACACUGAUAAUGAAGCGCAAUUCGGAGAAUUUCCAUGGAUGGUAGCAAUAUUACGAGAAGAAGGUAUUAGUCAAAGUGGGCAGAAGCUUAAUGUAUAUCAAUGCGGUGGUUCCUUAAUACAUAAUCAAGCUAUUUUGACCGCUGCUCAUUGUGUCAAUGGGAAAAUUUCAAGCCAAUUGAAGGUUCGAGCAGGAGAGUGGGAUACUCAAACUAAGAAUGAGCCAUUACCUCAUCAAGAUCGAGAUGUCACUGAAAUAAUCAUUCAUCCUGACUUUCACUCAGGUUCACUCCGAAACGAUUAUGCAAUUUUAAUUCUGAACGAACCGGUGGAGAUUGCUGAAAAUGUUGAUGUCGUAUGUUUACCAGAAAGUGAUGAUAUUUUUGACAAUUCAAGAUGUUAUGCUAGUGGUUGGGGUAAAGAUAUUUUUGGUAAAGAGGGUCAUUAUCAAGUUAUCCUGAAAAAAGUUGAACUGCCAGUUGUUAAUCAUGAUACUUGUCAAAAUUAUCUGCGUUCUACAAGACUAGGAAAGUAUUAUAUCCUUCAUACGAGCUUUAUGUGUGCUGGAGGAGAAGCAGGAAAAGAUACUUGCAAGGGAGAUGGAGGAAGUCCACUGGUUUGUCCACUAGUUAAUGAUCAAGAACGUUAUACCCAAGCUGGAAUAGUUGCAUGGGGCAUUGGAUGUGGAGAAAAUAAUAUCCCUGGAGUGUAUGCGAACGUAGCAGCUGCAAGAUACUGGAUUGACCAGCAGCUACUUGAGAAUAAUCUUAAUUAAAAUGAAGACACAACCAUACAAUAUUUACAUUGACGUGUUUACUUGAAAAUAUAUAUUUUGGAAAUACUAUGAAUAUUCAAUUAUGUUAAAUAUUAAUAACAAUCAGGGCCAGGACUAUCGUAGUAGUUUAAAUGAGCAUUCAUAUGUUUAACCUCAAAUUUGAACAAAGAAAAAACGUCAACUUCCUGGCCCUAAUAAUAAUCAAUACAAUAACUUAACAAUGUAGAUUACUUUUCUUAUCAUCUAUCCUACAAUACAUUAAAUGAUUUUCGUUCAGUGUGAAUAAAUCUCAUCAUUAAGUUAAAUUAGCAAAAGAACGCCGUAUUUUUCCCUUUUGUAUUUUUAGUAAAUCUUCUCAAGUUUCUAAACUUUCAUAAGGUGCAACUGAUCUCACAGACAAAGUCAAAAUAUUUUUGCAAAUAUUUAUGUAUAUAUUUUUGCUGGUAUGCACACCGCACCUAAUAUCGAGAUCUUUUAAAACGCACCUGAUUGAGGGAUGAUAAUGUAAAGGAAUAACAUUCAGUUAUCUAAUACUAGUUAGCAAUUACUCGAAAUUUGAAAUAGAAACAGUAUAAAAGUUGUUAAUUGAAAUAAAUGGUCUAAAAAUAUGAUCAUAUUCUUUA